AUGUCGUUAAGUAAACCUAGUCAAGGUAAAAAGCGUAAGCAUAUGUCUCUUUCUCUUAAUGAUAAACUCUGUGUUAUUGAAAAACUCGAAAAAGGAGCAUUUGUGUCAAGCAUUUGUGCGCAAUAUGGGAUAGCUAAACAAAUCGUCUCAGACAUAAGAAAGAAAAAAGACGAGAUAAGAAAAUUUAUUCUGAAAUUUAAUGUAGAAAAAGAAACAAGUGUUGUGAAGAGAAUGCGGUUGCCACUAGAUCAAUCCCUUUAUGAUGCAGUUUACAAAUGGUUUUGUCAACUUCGUUCUUCUGGAKUGGCAGUCCGUGGAAUUGAAAUUCAGGCUGCAGCGGAUAGAUUAGCUAAGCAGUUGAACAUAAAUAACUUUAAAGCCAGUUCAGGAUGGCUGUUUAGGUUUAGAAGGCGUCACAACAUAACAAAUAAAAAAAUAUGUGGUGAAAGUCUUAGUGCAGACAAUGAAGCUGUUGAGCCAUUCAGAAAAAACUUGAAUGAUAUUUUAAAAGCUGAAAACAUACUGCCUUCGCAACUGUACAAUUAUGACGAGACAGGGUUGUAUUGGAGAGCAUUACCAGACAGUACCCAAGCGUCCAAAGCUGAUAAAAGCACGCCUGGUAGGAAGAUCAGUAAAGAUCGAGUAUCUGCAUUGCUGAGCGCUAAUGCUGAUGGAAGUCAUAUGUUAGAGCCUGUGAUUGUAGGAAAAAGUAAAAAACCACGUGCAAUAAAAAAUAUUAUGGACACGUUACCAGUUCACUACUACAACUCGAAAAGCGCAUGGUUCACUUCAGACAUUACAUUAGAUUGGUUUCACAAAAAAGCAGUGCCAGAAAUUAGAAGAUAUCAAACAGAAAUUUUGAAAAUUCCURACGAUAAAGUGAAGGCCUUAGUUCUACUGGACAAUUGUCCAGCACAUCCACAAGUUGAACAGCUCACUAGCGAUGAUAAAAAGAUUACUUUAAUCCGGACUUUCAUUAAUUCGGACAACCUAGAGCCCCAAUUAGUCCGGAUUAAUGAGGUUCUACUGUACCAACWUUUUACUAAGGAAUUUCAAAAAUAUAUAAAUGAUUUGGAAAUUGAAGAUGAAACUAAAGUUAUUGAUUCUAAACUUAAAACAGGUUUUAAAGGAAUUGCUAUGGGUUUACAAAGUGCUCUUGAUUUAUUCAAAUUUGCAGUACGAAGUAAAGGAGGAUACAAUGACAAUCCAACAUGUCGUCAAUUUCAGGCAGCAGACAAGCGAUUAUUAGUGCACAAUAAUAUAGUGGGUUCGAUGAAUGGCAAUUGUUCAAUCCUAGAUAAUACAAAUAUAGAAGCUGUGAAUAACAACACAAAUAUUGAAAAAGAAGAAGAAUUGAAUUUUAAUUUUACACGGCAAACCGAGAGGCAUUUGGUCCACCAUGAUUAUUUUGAAAAGGUUCACCACUUGAAUCCUUACAUUGAAGAUGUUUGUGUGUAUAUUGCUGGAUUUGUUACAAUUUAA